AUGGACAUCUUGGAGGACAAGUGCAGCGACCUGCGCGAUCCAGGCUUUGUGAAUCUCGUUGUCUCAGUGAUCAUCGUUAUUGGGAUGCUCAUCUCCUACAUGCCCCAACACUACCGAAUCAUCUCCCGCGGAACCUCUGAGGGCAUUUCUCCAUAUUUCGUCCUGCUCGGUACGACCUCGGCCACCGCUGGGUUCACCAACAUCCUCACCCUUCCCAAGAGUAUACAGGACGCCGGUUGCUGUCAAGAGCUGGAGACCUUCGAGUGCGUGGCCGGGGUGCUUGGCAUUGUACAGCUAGGCGUGCAGUGGGCUUGCUUCGCCUUCAUCUUCAUCUUGUUCCUGGUCUUCUUCCGCUAUGCGACCGCCAACAUCGCCGAGGAGGAGCUCGAGGAUGCCGAGGAGGAGCCUAGGUGGCAAACCGCGGUCAUGGUCGCUACUGUCGUCCUCGUCCACAUCCUGCUCACCGUCAUCAUCAGUGCGGUCAUCGUGCUCAUCUACCCCUCUCACCUGAACAGCUGGGCCAUCUUCAACGGUGUGCUGGCUGCCGGGCUGGCCGCCGUCCAGUAUAUCCCACAGAUCGCCAUGACCUACCACCUUAAGCACGUCGGCAGCCUGAGCAUACCCAUGAUGUGCAUCCAGACUCCCGGCGGCCUGCUGUUCGCGGCGAGCCUAGCGGUUAGGCUAGGCUGGGCCGGUUGGAGCACUUGGGGUAUCUUCCUGCUCACGGCCAUCAUGCAGGGCAUUUUGCUGUUCAUGGCGCUGUAUUACGUGUUCGUGUCAAACGGAUCAACGGACGACCCUACGAGACCCCCGAUGCCCCGCUCGCUGUCUCGCGUCUACGCUAACGGCCUGGAUGAGAACACGCCCACGAGGUACACCGGCCAUCCCGAGCACUAUGCCACAUCGCAGGACCAGCUCGGCGACAUCCUCGACCGGCAGGACAGCGACGCCGCAGCUGAGACGCAGCCACUGCUCAGACCUGGAGGGAUCGGCAAUUCUUCUUCGAUCCACCGGUAUGAUGGCCAUUGA